AACAGAGAGAGGGGGAGAGAGAAUCUCUAUUCUCUAUUUACUUCUGUAUUGUGCGGACAUUGUCGUUGAAAAGAAGUGAAAAUGUGCUCGAGAAACGUUAAAACCAGCCAGUGAAGCUAUUGUGGUGUACCUAGGGAAAAACUCGGGUAACUACAGCCUUCACCGAAGCCAUUGCAGGUGUAAUUUUUGCUUAGAGAGUGGGCGUCGGAGAGAGAGAUAGAUAGAGAGAGGGUGGCAGAGUGUGUGAAACUGGUGCAAUAUUAUUAAUUUGUAGGUGAUGCAUCUGCCAGAUCAAAGCCGCUUCUCGCGAGCCUAUAUUUAGAGCAUGACUCAUGGUCGCCGAUCUCGUUAGAUAGAAGCUGGUUCCUUCAAUGUCCAAAUAUCAGACCACGAAUAGUGAUGCCUUCGCCUUGCCCGCGUACCCACUAAUCCCGAGCGGGGACAUUAGGGAUCAACGAUAGUCGCAAAGUAAUAAGCAACGGGAGCCAUUCGUAUUCUUCAUAAUGCGACUAAAUUUGAAAGCUGUGAUGCUCGCUCUAACCGUGGCCGUGGUGGUGAUAACCCUAGGCGUUUAUAUGCGAUGUGCCGCCUUUUCAUUUUCACCGGACUUUGUGCGUCAGUUUAAUCGGCACCAUGAAAGUCAGACCUCUAGCGCACCGCAAACCUCAGAUGCCCUGCAAGACAUUGAGUGCUCCAUCAACCAGGAGUACAGUGUUCACUGCAAGCGAGAUAAGAAUGCCAACGAGGUGUACGUGCCCUUCUCGUUCCUGCGCAACUACUUUGAUGUCAGUGGAGCAGUCACAACCAGCGACACUGAGGUGGCAAAAUUCAAUUGGAUGCACAGCACAGCCAAGUUGAAUCUGCCCAAGGGCAAAUAUGAUGCCCGUGGCGUGUUCAUGUACUUUGAGAACUACAAUGUGGAAGUCCGCGAUCGGGUGAAGUGUAUCAGCGCCGCCGAGGGAGUUCCUGUGAGCACACAGUGGGAGAAGCGUGGCUAUUUCUAUCCCACGCAAAUAGCCCAGUUCGCCCUAUCGCACUAUAGCAAGAAUUUGACAGAGCAGGCGCCCCGCGUGCACGUUCUGGAGGAUGGCGAUGGCUAUCAGAUGGACUGGACAACGCCCAAGACCAGUAACAUGACACGCAUCUGGCAUCAUAAGUUCAAUACCAGCGUGGUUCAGUUCGAGACGGCCAUUGGCUACGAGAGCGCCAUCAGCAUUGGCCUUAACCAGACAUUAGAUCUACUUCUGAGCGUAGAUCUGCUCCUUGUGACCAACAGCAGCAGCCUCAUGGUCACGGUCCAGAACCGAGACACCAAGCACAGCUAUAACCUCCACUAUAUUCCCGCCGAUCUUCUACUCAGCGUUCAGGACUCGAACAUUUAUUAUGGCUUGGGAGCCUCUGCUCUGAACAAAUGGCGCCACAUAACCCGGGAUCUUCACAUUGAUGUUCAGAAGGGCAUCGUCCUGGGGGACAAGCGAUCACCACUUAAGGUACGGCGCUCCGAUUUGGAAGUUUUGUCUGUCGCUUUCCUGGGCAUUGGCUUCUACGAUAACAUUACCCUGUCCACCAGCGAGCAUAUGGCGCAUUUCUAUGAUGCUGCCGAGUGGUUCGUUCAUAAUCAGGACCCCAAGUCCGGUGGCUGGACCAAUCCUGUGCGCCGAAGUCUCAAUGGUUUUGCUGAGCUGAGUCCAGGCUGGAUAUCGGCCAUGGGCCAAGGCCAUGCCAUAUCCGUUUUGGCGCGAGCAUAUUGGCAUUCCGGGGGCGAUGAGCGCUAUCUCAAGGCGGCCGCAGCAGGACUUCAACCAUACAGGGUAUUCUCGCAGGACGGGGGCGUGCUGUCUCAGUUCAUGGACAAAUUCUAUUGGUACGAGGAGUAUCCCACAACGCCGCCAUCUCUAGUGCUAAACGGUUUCAUCUAUUCGCUGUUAGGUCUCUACGAUCUGAAUAGCACGGCGCCAGCUAAAAUAGCCCGAGAGGCAGGCCAACUGUUUGCCCAAGGCAUGUACUCGCUAAAGAAGAUGCUUUUACUAUACGACACGGGCUCCGGCACCAGCUACGAUCUACGGCAUCUCAGCCUUGGCGUGGCACCUAAUUUGGCACGCUGGGACUAUCAUGCAACGCAUGUGAAUCAGCUGCUACUGCUGGCUACUAUUGACAGCGACCCGUUGAUUGCACAGACCGCAGAGCGCUGGAAGGGCUAUAUGUUUGGCAAGCGGGCCAAGCACAACUGAGAACUAAGGAAACUGGCGACCUAUCGUCGUCGAAAAAGAGAUAUUUUGUAAGGCUUAAACACUAUGCUUAACCAUUCUAAAUGGUUGCAUCUAAUGUUUGAUUUAUGAACUCGUUGUAUUAAGCUAAUGUUUAAUGUUAAGCUAAUGUUGCUGUUGGCCUCGUCUUUAACCAUCUGUUGACCCAUCUUGAUAGCCUAAUUGUUUCCCCGAAACUAGAUGCACGCGUAAUUCACUGGACAAUAUCGAAAAAUUGAAUUAGAAACUUACACUUAACCUUUGUAGUGGACUGUUGUGGUCAGACUUUUUUACUGCGCAAACUAAGUAAAGAGUUGGUUACACUCCUCCCCAUGUAUAAAGUAAUGUGUAGAGAGCUUAGCGCUAUAGUCGUAGAUUGAAUAGAUCCCAAAAAGCCCGGA